AUGGCGCAAAUCCAAGGUAGACUUGACCCUAAAUUCGAGGAGCUCCGGAAUCUCUUCCAAAAGAACCUUGACUCCAAAGCUGAGGUUGGAGCUUCCAUUAGCCUCAAUAUCGACGGCAAGGACGUGGUCGACAUUUGGGGAGGUUACGCCGACGAAGAAUGCACUCGUCCAUGGGAAUCAGACACCAUCGUGGGAGUCUGGUCAUCCACCAAGGGACUCGCCAGUCUGGCUGUUUUGAUGCUCGUAGAUCGCGGUCUAGUGGAUGUCAAUGCAAAAGUUGCGCAGUACUGGCCUGAGUUCGCGGCUAACGGGAAGCAAAACAUUGAGAUUCGCCAUCUUAUGUCUCACACCUCUGGUCUUUCGGCGUGGGAAGAGAAAGUGACAAUGGAUGAUGUCUGUGACCAGGAAGGUGCUGCAGCAAAGCUUGCGGCACAAGCCCCAUUGUGGGAGCCUGGCACGGGGUCUGCUUAUCAUGUAGUCACCUAUGGGGUGUUGAUUGCUGAAGUUGUGAGACGCGUCACGGGCAAAUCAUUGAAACAAUUUGUCGCUGAGGAAAUUGCAGCUCCAUUGAAGGCAGACUUCCAAAUAGGCUUGCUAGACGAGGAUAUUCCUCGAGUGAGCAACGUUAUUCCUCUCAAGGGCACGCCACCCCUGGCAGCACCAGAAGCGGGGUCUGUUGCCUUCAAGACGCUCACUAAUCCUGCGCUCGACGUAAAUAUGCUCAGAUCAGAGACGAUACGAAAAGCUGAUCUUAGCUCCUUUAACGGGUUCACGAAUGCUCGUGCUAUGAACCGCAUCUUCUCCAUCUUGGCACUCGGCGGCGAAGUCAAUGGCGUGCGGCUGCUAUCCCAAAAGACGAUCGACCUUGUGUUUCAGGAACAAUCAGACGGAAUAGAUUUGGUAACGGGACAACCUCUGAGCUGGGGUGUUGGAUAUGCUCUUGGAGGGCGAGGUUGUGUGAAUUUUAUGCCAACUGGAAGAGUUGGAGUAUGGGGAGGUUGGGGAGGGUCAUUGUUUGUCUUUGACGCGGACAGGAAACUCACAUUUACUUAUGCCAUGAACCAGAUGUCUUAUCAAAUGAUGGCUGAUGGGAGAGAGGGAGGCUACCUGAGAGCUGUGUACAAGGCAUUGGGGGUGACGAUAUCAUGA